UCUUCUGCAUUCCUUCCAUUUCCAAACACAAGUACAUUCACAAACAUCUGAAAGGGUCCACUCUCCAAAGGUGGUGGAACCAUGAGUGUGUCUCGUGGUGAAGAAGGUGUCUUUGGAGGCAGAGGUGAAACAGCUCAGUGCCCAGAGGAUAAGAUGGAAACAGUGAGCAAAGUGAGCACCACCACCGUGGGACCAGGCUGGACCAAAGUUAGCUGCCCUUGCUGUGUAUCAGAGAAGGUGGAGCCCAUGGUUUUGGUAAAGCUUGGAGAGAAAGUUCGCCCUGAGACAAAAAGGUGGCUCAUCAGACUCAUAGGAACUCCUCAGAAAGAUGGAGGUGCUGGAUUGCUAGGCCACCCAGGUGAGGACGCCGACAGUGACAUCAUCAUGGUUUCUGCUCCACGCUGCACGCUGCUCAGAGCCACGGAGGACUUAAGUCUUUGUAAGACUUACUGCAACGGGGACAUGGAAGCCUUCUCCUACAAGAACAGACAUAAUUUUAAGGAUUCAGACAACAUGGAGACGUUCCUGACCCUUGCAGAGAGACAGUACAUAGUGAAGUAUGAGCUGGACAGUUUGUGGGCGCAGAAAGACCUGAGAAUCCCCGGCCUUCCUGACAGCCACACACUGCAACGCCGAGAUAACAUAUGGAGGAAACUUGAGUCAGCGGGUGUUAUCAAGGACAUGUUUCCACUCCACAAUGAAGACCAACUGAAAGAUCUCAGUGAAGCCUGGUACGCUGGAAAUCAGCUGGCUCAGCCACUAGAUGGAGUAAACAGGUAUUUUGGAAGCUCAGUGGCUUUGUACUUCAGCUUCCUGGAUUGCUACACCUGGUCUUUGCUUCCACCUGCAAUACUUGGCCUGGCUAUAACAUAUUUCUCAGGGGAGGUUCAAAAUGAGAUGGUGGACUCAAUCUCAGGUUCAGGGGCCAAAGUCGAUGAAGGUGACCCUGAACCAGCGGUCUCCGGUCACAUCAUCCAGGCUUUGUUCAGCAUGCUCUGGUCCACUGUGGUCAUGGAGAUGUGGAAGCGCCGCAGCUCUUCCCUGUCUUUCCGCUGGGGGACCCUUCACCUGGCAGAGCGCUUUGCAGAGCCCCGACCUGCUUUCAAAGGCACACUCGGGGUCAACCCUGUGACGGGUCGUAUGGAGCCGCUCUUUCCUGAGUGGCAGAGGGAUGUGCGUAUGGCGCUGGUGUCUCUCCCUGCAGUUGGGAUGUUUCUAGGGUUAGUGGUUCUGGGUAUGCUUUGUUUCUAUUGGGGAGAGGCCAAGACGAACCAGCUACAUAAAGACUGGGACUCCUUGCUGUCUCAGACUUUGCUCUACGUGCCCUCCGUGCUUCACAUCGUCUAUACAAACGUGCUGGCAACUGUUUACAAGAUGAUGGCGCAAAUGCUGACUGAGUACGAAAACCACAGAGAGGAGUCCGCCUUUCAGAAGCAUCUGACAGCCAAAGUCUUGGUGUUCACCUUCUUCAACUACUUUGCGGUGCUCUUCCACAUUGCAUUCUUCAAGCAGGAUGUGCCCAUGCUCCGUAAGCGUCUAGCAUCUCUGCUGAUAGUGACCCAGCUGAUUAACCAGGUGACAGAGGUGGUCAUACCUUUUCUGGUGGACAGGUUCAUCACUGCCACCUCGAGGACGGAGAGUGAAGAUGAACCCGAGGUGGAUAAAUUUAGAAAGCAAAGCACCAUGCCUGUCUUCCCUGGCCUUUUUGCAGAGUACAUCGAGCUUCUGGUGCAGUUUGGGUAUCUGAGUCUUUUCUCCUGCGUGUAUCCUCUGACAGCCGUACUUCUUCUCAUCAAUAACCUGACGGAGAUCCGAUCAGACGCCUACAAAAUCUGCAAACUCUUUCGCAAACCCUUCUCUCCCCCUGUGGCUAACAUGGGCGUGUGGCAGACUGCUUUUGAGGUCCUCAGUUUUGUCUCUGUGGUGUCAAACUGCUGGCUGCUGCUGCUCUCGCCGCGCCUACAAGAGCUGUUUUACGAGGGGGGGAUGAGCACCACCAAUGUUCUGCUGUUGGCUGUUCUGGUCGAGCAUGUGCUGAUCCUAGUUAAGGUGGUUUUGACAGUCCUGAUCCCUGAUGAACCGGACUGGAUACGAAAGAAGAGAGAGCACAUUGAAUACACGUCCAUGCAGGCCUUGAGACAACAGAAGCUGCUUGCCGAGGAGACCUGAUGUUUCUCGGGUGUUGUGGUACUGCUUCAUGUGUUGCUGUGUUGAGCUACUACAACCAGACACACAACCUGAGUGUUGUGUGGACCAGACCAGAGUGAAGCCUUGGGUCUCCAGCUGGGCCCUCACUGAACACUGCUUUGCUCCCACAGUUCCCCUGACUCCCUGUAAUACUUCAAAGUGUGUGCUGCUCUCACUCACGCUGCGCUUUGCCCCGACAGCAGCAGGCUCAAAUGUAUUACACUAACGCAACACUGAACGUCAAAAGGAAGGUUCAUGUUUGAGAUGCCCUGAAGAAGCUUGUUGUGAUGAGAGAAAUGUUUAUGGGGUUUAAAAUGAGAACGACAUGUGCAAAGAUUUAGUUUGUGCUGGAUGACAAAGAAAUGGUGCUGAGCUUUACAAUCACAGAGAUGUUUUUUUAUGCAUGGAUGCUUGUUCUCAGAAGGUUCAUUCUUUACUGCUGGCAGAUUAAAAUGAGUAAACUGAAUGUGCAAAUGAA